CACGCGCACGCGCGCGCAAAGGCAUGCGGAUAGCUUUCCCUCCGCCGGCCGCCCCGCUCGACAGGACGCAACCGGUUUUAUUUUUAGCAGUCGGUCCGCCGACAUCGCCUCCGCCGCCGUACGCACGCACGCACGCACGCACGCACGCAGUCGGCGAGGCACCGGAACGAGAUAUCUCCGCAGCAUCGACAGCAGCAGCAGCAGUCGCCGGUGGUACACUGGCCCCGAACCAUCGUCACGCGAGCGCGCCGCCGUCACACCACACACCGGGACACCGUCGUCGGAACGGAGCGAGAACACCGCCGAGAACAAACGUCAACCCCGGGCAGCGAACGAGUCGCGUCUUCUGCCAUGCGCUGUUGACCAGGCAACCGCGGACCAGACUUUGCAAUCCCUCGGCAGAUGACUUGCCAACAGCGGUGCUCGUGAGUCGUUCAAGAAAUAAAUAAGAAAAAUGUUGGUCGACGUGAAAACGUCGUCGUGGACCGCUCGAACAGUGCUGUUCCUCUUCCUGUCCGCGAAUGUCCGGGCGUACCAUUCAUCAUGUGACAAAAGUUCAUGUUAUCCAGCUACUGGAAAUUUAUUAAUUGGCCGAGAAAAUCAUCUCGUAGCAUCCUCGACUUGUGGGUUAAAGCAAAGGGAAAGAUACUGUAUUGUAAAUAAUCUGGAAGAUCGAAAAAAAUGUUUUUGGUGUGAUUCGAGACAACCAUCGCAGCCGAACGCUAAGUACUCGCUCAGUCAUAGAAUCGAGAACAUUGUCCACCCUGCAUACAACGGCGGCCAGUCUACACAAUGGUGGCAAUCAGAAAACGGCGUGGAGAACGUCACUAUUCAGUUGAACCUCGAAGCCGAAUUCCAUUUCACUCAUUUAAUCAUUACAUUUAAAACCUUCCGACCAGCUGUCAUGUUGGUCGAGAGGUCUUAUGAUUUCGGUAACUCGUGGCAAGUUUACAGGUACUUUGCGCACGAUUGUGAUUCUAUUUUCCCGUCUAUACCCAAAGAACCACCACGUAAUUUGACUCAAGUGGUCUGUGACCAGAGAUAUUCAUCUGUCCCGCCUUCUACAAACGGUGAAGUAAUUUUGAGAGUCUUACCUCCUAAUCUACAUCAUAUGUACGACGACCCGUACUCGUCAGAAGUACAAAAUUUAUUGAAGAUGACCAACUUGAGAAUUAACUUUACUAAACUUCACACGCUUGGAGACGAUUUGUUGGACAGCCGAGACGAGAUUUUGGAAAAAUAUUACUACGCAAUCAGUGAGAUGGUAGUGCGAGGGUCUUGUUCUUGUUACGGUCACGCGUCCAGGUGCUUACCGCAAGACGGUAUCAUCAGCAAACCGGACAUGGUAUACGGUCAGUGCGAGUGCACACACAACACGAAGGGCCUGAACUGCGAGGCUUGUGAGGACUUCUUCAACGACUUCCCGUGGAAACCGGCAAUCGGCCGACAAACGAACGCGUGUAGACGUUGCAAUUGCAACAACCACGCCACGAGCUGUCAUCAUGACGCUGCCGUGUUCGAAUUGACCGGACGGACGAGCGGCGGGGUGUGUGAUGGAUGUACCGAUAAUACAAUGGGACGGAAUUGCGAACAAUGCAAACAAUACUUUUACCAAGAUCCGACGAAACCGUUUACCGAUCGUGACGUCUGUUUACCGUGCGACUGUGAUCCAGUCGGUUCACUGGACGACGGGAUAUGUGACUCAAAAACUGAUCUGGUCAACGGGUUAGAGUCUGGCCGGUGUCACUGCAAGACCAAUGUCGAAGGGAGACGGUGCGAUGGAUGCAAAAAUGGAUUUUGGAAUUUCAGCGAAUCAAACCCAGAUGGGUGUCAAAAGUGUACUUGCAAUACUCAAGGGACAGUAGACAAUCAGGGCUGUAACAAGGAGACCGGAGAAUGUACAUGCAAAAGGUACGUGACCGGAAGGGACUGCAACCAGUGUAUUCCAGGUUAUUGGGGUUUGACGGACAGUCAAGAUGGCUGUAAACCGUGCGAUUGCGAUGUUGGUGGAGCAUAUGAUAACAUGUGCGACGUUAACACAGGACAGUGCAGUUGUCGACCCAAUUUAUCCGGACGUACGUGUAGUGUACCGGAACAAAACUACUAUGUCGGGCCUGUGGACAUUUUGAUCAGUGAAGCAGAGGUGUCUCAAUGCAAAGACAACUGUCAAGUAUUCAUUCGAGAACCCUACAGAGACGGCCGGGAAAAUACGUGGACCGGGACAGGAUUUAUGAAAGUUUUCGACGACACCGAAUUGGUUUUCGAUUUAGGCAAAAUACCGGCUACGACCAAUUACGAGAUUGUUCUUAGAUAUGAACCACAACCCCCUUACGACACCGAAAAUGUCAUGGUCACGUUGGACAGAUUGGAACCAAUCGAUCCCAAUAGCACUUGUGCUGAAUACGAACGCAAUUACAAUGCUGGAGACAUAAGGAGCAUUUCGAUGUCACCCGGCUCCAACGUCGCCAUUGCUUCGCCACCGGUGUGUUUGGAGGCAAACAAAGACUAUAAGGUGAAGUUGAAUUUCCAAAGAUACAAGAAUAGAACAAUUACUCCAUCUGCGUCGAUACUGGUCGAUUCGGUUGUUUUAAUACCACACGUGGAAAGUAUGCCAUUCUUCCAAGGGUCACCAGCUAAUGAGCAAAGACUCGAAGAAUAUAAACGCUACAAGUGCAAGGAAGCGUAUUACACCGUUAUUAACCAAAAUAUAAAAAACAUGCCGAAUUAUGAAAUCUGUCAAAAAUAUCAUUACAGUGUUGGGUUUUACUUUUUGGACGGAGCAUUUUCGUGCCAAUGUGACCGGACGGGAUCGACUAGCGCCAUUUGUGAUUCGUUGGGAGGAAAAUGUUCUUGUAAACCAAAUGUGGUUGGAAGGAACUGCAACCGUUGUGCUCCUGGUACUUAUGGAUUUGGUCCGGAAGGAUGCAAAGCGUGUGACUGUAAUAGUGUGGGAGCUUUAGACAACUUGUGCGACGUAACUACUGGACAGUGCAAGUGUCGGUCUCAGACUUACGGAAGAGAGUGCGAUCAGUGCGAGCCAGGCUCGUGGAACUAUCCGGAUUGCCAAAGAUGCAUCUGCAAUGGACAUACGGACACGUGCGAAUCACACACCGGAGUGUGCUUGAACUGUCAAGGUUUUACGGAGGGAGUCAAUUGUGACAGAUGCAUCGAGGGUUAUUAUGGUGACCCACACUUGGGGGCAGAUAUUCCUUGUCGCCCAUGUCCGUGUCCAGGAACCGCUGAAUCUGGACAUUCUUUCGCACCACGAUGUGCUUUGGAUCCAAAAACGCAAGAUGUGUUCUGCGAAUGUCAAGAAGGAUACAAAGGUUCGAGAUGUAAUAUGUGUGACGAAAACUACUACGGAAACCCUGAGGUCCCUGGAGGCUCGUGUAAACCGUGCUCGUGUAAUAACAAUGUGGACAUAACCAAGACGGGCAACUGCGACCCUCACAGUGGCAAAUGUCUACAGUGCUUGUUCAAUACCGAAGGCGACACCUGCGAGUUUUGUAAGACUGGUUACUACGGAGACGCGGUCCAUCAAACGUGUACAGAAUGCGUUUGCGACUUGUUGGGAUCACAAUCGCUAGUGUGUAAUCACACUACCGGACAAUGUCCUUGCUUACCAAACGUCAUUGGAUUGUCUUGCGACGAGUGCAUGCCCAAUCACUGGAAAAUUGCUAGCGGAAACGGGUGUGAAGCGUGUAACUGUGAUCCAGUAGGAUCACUUUCAGAACAAUGCAAUCAGUUUGAUGGUCAGUGCAAGUGCAAACCCGGUUUUGGCGGAACUCAAUGCAAUCAAUGUCAAACGAACUACUGGGGUGAUCCAAAUAAAGAAUGUUAUGCCUGUGAUUGCAACCUCGAAGGUUCGGCCACACAACAAUGUAACCAGACGACUGGACACUGUAAAUGCAUGUUGGGAAUAGGCGGAGAAAAGUGUGACACUUGUGCAAGAGGAUAUUUGGGCGAAGCUCCUAACUGCAGCCCGUGCGGAGAGUGUUUCGAUAAUUGGGAUCAAACGCAGAAAGAGCUAAGCGAGCAAACCGAGAAAAUAAUCAACUCGGCAUCGGAAAUCAAGGCUACCGGAGCCUCGGGUGCGUACACCGUGGAGUUCGAAAAUAUGGAAAAGAAAAUAUCCGAAGUGAAAAACAUACUGCAAACGACCACAAAAAGCUCACAGGUAUUCCAGACAUUGAAUGAAGUUAUCGAUCAACUCAGGGUGAAUCUGACUACCAUGGAUCAAUUGAACUCAAUUACGAAGACAAUUGAUAAUACGAUGCAAAAAGUCAUCUUGGCAAACUUGACAUUAAGCAAUCUCAAAGAAAAAACCGCCAACUUAAAAGAAAAUGCACUGAAUUUGAGACAAAAUUCAACAAAACUUCAAGAACGUAAUGUUGAAGGAGCUUUGAACUUAACAAAAGAAGCAUAUGAGAAAGCUAAAACGUUAAAAAUGAAAGAGACAGUUCAAGACACACUUCUUGGUGAUGUUGAACGUCAGUGUAAAAGAACUGAGACAUUCUUUGGUCGGAAUGUCAAUUCGUUCAACCAAGGUAUUAAAGACAACGAAAAUACGUUAAUAAGACUGAAUGAAGAGAUGAACAACUUAAAUCAAGAAAUUCCAAAAUUAAAUCAACAAAUUUGUGAUAAAGGCGGUGAAACUUGUGAUAAGCUUUGCGGUGGCGCUGGUUGCGGUUUUUGUGGUGGUCUGUCGUGUGAGGCAGGAGCAAUAACGAAGGCAGAACGUGCAUACAGUUUUGCUAAGGAAGCAGAAAAACAUAUACGUGACAAAGAAGCAAAAUCCGAAGAGCUGUACAGAGGCAUAUCUCAAGCCAACCAAGAACUGAAUUCGUCGCUGGCCAACGCUAAAGCCACCGGAGAGAUGGCGAAAACGGCUAGAAUACAUUCGCUGAAUAUACUGAAUGAAAGUUAUUCCUUGAUCGAAAGGCACCAAACGUUUUUGAAUCCUACGGGCGUUCAGUCUGUCGAUGUCGCAAUGAAAAUCGACGAGGUUUUGAAAUUGAACAUAGACUUGCAACCGGAUCAGUUGCGUCAACUCUCCGAGGACAUAAACAAAACGCUAUCUCAGCCGAUGAAUAUUAACACCAUCAUCGAAGACACCACUCAAAACUUGACGUUGGCCAAAACGUUGAACGAGGAAGCGGAAAAGAAACAAAUGGCCGCGAAAAACAUUCUCCAAGUCGCGGAACGCGUUGAAAAGGCUCUAUCGGAAACGCAAGACAUACAAAAGACCGUCAACGACGGUAUAUUUGUAACCAGUCAGAACAUUGUGGAUGCAAAUAACAGUUUGACCAAGGUUAAAUCGGAAACGGAUCUUGCCAAAGACAGUCUUCAAAAAGUCACGGAACUCAUUGAUUCGAUUGAAGCCAAGUUGAAAACGCUACAGACCGGAUUCUUGAAAAAUGUCAGAGACGCAGACGAGGUCAAGUCAGAAGCAAAAACGUUGGUUCAGGAGGUGGAUGAUACUAAGAACAAAGCGUUGAAGCUUGUGGACGACUAUAAUAACGCGAACACUACGUUAGAAAACCGCGUGAAAGUCUUGAAAACCACCCGUAGUAACUCGCAGAAUCUGUCCGAAAAGGCUAGUCAACUUUUGGCCAACACCACUUUGAAACUGAAAGAGCUCGAAGACGCCGAGAUUGUCUUCGCGGAACAGGAGAUGUUACUCUCGAAACUCAGCAAAGCUACGGACGAAUUAAACGCAAGGAUGUCGGAUAAUUUAGAGAAAAUAAAUUCACAGUCUGAACAUUAUAGGACGUGUAAUAAUUAGUACAACAUUCGUAAUCACACUAACAAUAUCAAUCGACUGUUCAGUGUCAUACAUUAUAUUUAUAUUAAUAGUUUUAAUUUUUUAAGCCAUAUAUUUAUUUAUUUAAUUACCUAUAUAUUAUACUA